UAGAUUCAUCGUCGGUGUUGUCCGUUCGGUUCUUCUUUUGUUGGCCGGUGUACAUUGUUGGUGUCGUCCAGUUGGUGCUUCUUUCGCUAGUUGGUGCCUUGCAUCGUUGGUUUCUUGCGUCGUUGGUGUUGUUGGUGUUGCAAUUCACUGGAAUCGCUCUU